GUCAUGGAGCUCUGUGCCGGUGGCGACCUGGACAAGCACAUGAAGGGGCAAGGUGGUCCCUACAGUGAGCACCAGGCCGCUAUCCUCAUGGACCAGAUUCUAAAAGCAGUGUCUUAUCUUCACGACUGCAAAAGCAUUUGCCACAGAGAUCUGAAGCUGCAAAACUUCCUCUUCUCUCGGAAGGCGCCUGUGGAGAACAACGU